AUGUAAACAUUUUGACAGACGUGACCAAACACAAAAAAUAUUUUUAUCCAUUAUGUUUUAAAAUGAUGACUGUGGCAUAUUCAGCUUAAUUAUGAGUCAACAAACUGAACAUCAUCCAAUCACAUACAGAGUAGAUAAAUAACUCACUUUAUGUAUGAACAUGAGUUGUAUCGAUGCUUUUUUUUCCAUUUCCAUCAAACUUUACUAAUAUGAUACUUAAAAUUGAAACAAGGCUUCUGAAAACUAAAAGAAUCAUUCAUUUUUCUGUUUUUCCUGAAGGGAGCACAGAUCCUUUCUGCUGCUAAAGAACUGGGACACCUUUCCAAACUGAAGGAUCACAUGGCAGGAGACGCUAAAAGCCUGACGCCCAGGCAGUGUGCCGUCAUGGAUGUGGCUCUGGAUACCAUCAAGCAAUACUUUCAUGCGGGCGGGAACGGCUUGAAGAAGACUUUCCUGGAGAAGAGCGCUGAGCUUUCGUCGCUCCGCCACGCUCUGUCGCUCUACACCCAGACCACCGACACGCUCAUCAAAACCUUCGUGACCACGCAGCAUUCACAGGUGCACAAUGGGAAGGGUAUUAGGUUAACCCCUAAUGAGAAAAUCCAGCCCAGCAGGGGCUCAGGUGUGGACAAACCCAUCGGAGAGGUUUCCCUGCAGAUUGAGCUGUACACUCAUCCCAAGAGCGGAGAGCGGAAAGUUACUCUCAAAGUGAUUGCAGCCAGUGAUUUGAAGUGGCAGACGUCUGGGAUGUUCAGACCCUUCGUGGAAGUCACGAUGAUCGGGCCGCACCUCAGCGACAAGAAGCGCCGAUUUCAGACCAAAUCCAAGAACAACAGCUGGUCUCCCAAAUACAACGAGACCUUUCACUUCGUUCUGGGUGUUCAGGACGGGUUCGAGUGCUACGAGGUUCAAGCCUGCGUCAAGGACUACUGCUUCGGCCGCGCCGACCGGGUGGUGGGCCUGGCCGUGGUGCAGCUGAGGGACAUCAUGGAGGGGGGCAACUGCGCCUGCUGGUGCCCCCUGGGGCAGCGCAUCUCCAUGGACGACACGGGCCUGACCGCCAUGCGGAUCCUCUCCCAGCGCUCCAACGACGACGUCGCCAAGGAGUUUGUCCGGCUCAAGUCCGAGACCCGAUCAGCAGAGGAGGGAAGAUGAGGCUCUGCUUGAUGCAGUGGCACUGCUUUGACCUCUGACCUGUCUUGGCUGCUGUGUAAAACCUCACCAGCUUCCAGUGUUCUUCAACUUCACAUUUUUUCAAGUCUCGUCCGCCUCUACUGAGGAGACAGAACCCAUCCAGAACCUGUCAAAGGGCCGAAUAAGAACCCACCCGCCCCGAGUGUUCUUGUGCAAUAAAUCCAACCCACCCCUCCCAAAGUGUGGCCAAGUGGUUCAAGCCUUACACUCUGCAAGCUGUGAAUGUGUGUUCAUGUAAAAGGAAAGAAAUCCCUGUUUUUAAUGAACACAAGUCAAAUAUUUCACUUCACUUAGCAAAGAAAAACUACAAAUCACAAUUUGUUUUCUAACAGUUUG